UGGUCAAUACCGCCGAUGCGGUCAUUGGACGACUUUAUGCUAUCAAAGGCCCGAUUUGAUAGUCCGCGACUCAGUGGCCGUAUUGUCUCAAACUUGCAUUACUAUCAAACCAACUAUUUUGCUAUAGUUGUCAUCAUAUUUGUAUUAUUUGGUUUAGCAAAUCCACAGAAAAUGCUAUUAUCAUUGGUUAUCAUUUCGGUGACCAUCGUAUCCAUUGGCUAUACAAACAAAUAUCUAAAACAUAUGACUAUCAGCAGCGGUGGCGGUAGUGUCGGUGCCGGUGGUAACCCACAAAAUCGGACGCCAACCACCGCACCACCGAUGAUAAUGGCCAACCAAAAUCAAACCUAUCUAUCGAUAACAACCAUACUGGCCGUCGGCUAUCUAACACUACACAAUAUGUCAUCCAUUUUGAUGCUAUUGUCGUGUCUGGCGGUGUCGUUGGCGUUGAUAUUGCUUCACGCGUCGACCCGAUUGAGAAACUUGAAGAACAAGUUCAACGAAAAGUUGGUCACAAAACUGGUCGACACACCAAUGGGUUUGCUAUUGACGGCCAUUAACAUCAAAUUAGACGACAAACUAUUGAACUAAAACUAAUAAA